CCUCCAAGCCAAGGUCGUAGUCGGUGGUUUUAGGCAAUUCUCCAGCUUCGUUAAAGAGUAUAUUGAAGCACGGCUGCUCCUGCAAAUUGCUGCUCUUAAGUAGAGAGGAAGACGUCCAGCAGCCAUGGCGGAGCUGACGGCGGCAACCCCAGGGACUGAUAUUCCUCAAAAUCAGACUAUUUACAUUAACAAUCUAAACGAGAAAAUCAAGCUCGACGAGCUGAAGAAAUCACUGAAAGCAGUUUUCUCACAAUUCGGAAAGAUAGUGGAAGUAUUAGCGUUCAAAACCCUCAAACACAAAGGACAGGCUUGGGUGGUAUUCGAGGACGUUUCUUCUGCUCCCAGUGCGCUUCGCCAAAUGCAGGGCUUUCCAUUCUACGACAAGCCUAUGAGAAUACAAUAUGCAAAGACAAAAUCAGAUGUCGUAGCAAAGGCCGAUGGCACUUUUGUACCUCGAGAAAAAAGAAAGAAGAGCGAUGACAGAGGGAGGAAGAAAAAGGACCAGCAUGAUGCAAAUCAACCUGGGAUGGGUCUCCAUCCUGCAUAUACUAGUCCCUAUGGGGCAACACCUCCGUUGUCACAGCUACCAUACAUGGCUGGUUCUAAAGCUGCUAUGCCUGAGGCUCCUGCACCACCAAAUAAUAUUCUGUUUGUCCAGAAUCUCCCUCACCAGACGACUCCAAUGAUGCUGCAGAUGCUCUCCUGUCAAUAUCCUGGCUUUAAAGAAGUUAGGAUGGUUGAAGCGAAACCUGGUAUUGCUUUUGUUGAGUAUGAAAAUGAGAUACAAUCAACUGUUGCGAUGCAGGCACUUCAAGGUUUCAAGAUCACAGCAGAUAAUCCCAUGUUAAUAACUUAUGCAAAGAAGUAAAUGGAUGAGUUACCAUCUUUGCUUUUUAUUUUUCCUUGAGGAAGAGGAUGGUAGGAUUGUAAGAAUGUUAUCAAGUAUGAUUGUUAACAAUUUUACCCUGAAUUUUCCUAGUUGUAGUCGUGUAAUUUUAGAUUGUUGUGUAAUUACCUUAAAACGUCUUCUCGGAUUGCUCUAUUCUUCUCUGUUUCCAUCAAAAGAGAUUUUUUGGUGACAA